AUGAGAUCGAUUCCACGACAACAACGACAAGGUAUUCGAACAAUGCAUAAAAAAGAUUUUCAAUUACUUCGUUGCUUAUUCAUGAAAAGUAUUGUUCACAUUUUUGGUGAUAGUCUCAUCGUCCCAUAUACAAUCUAUCAAGGAAUACCUACAUCUGAAAUAUCAACACCAUGGGAGCUGGCACGUGGCAGAUUUCUCUUUAACCUUGGUUUUUUUAUUCAUCUGCUACCUUGUUGUACCGACUUUUUUAUCUAUGCCGUUGUUUCGAAAGAUUUUCGUCAAAAACCGAAACAAAUUGUUUCGAAUAUUUUUGGUCAAAAUCUUGUGAUAGAACGAAAUAACGACAAACAACAAGAAUUAAGAGCUGAACCGCCGGAAUUACGUAUUGUCAGCACUAUCGAACUAGCAACUUAA